GCCCACUGCAAUAAGAAUCCCUAGCGAUACCGAAUUUUAGGAAACUUUAUCACCAAAUGCAUUCAGAAUUUUUAAAUACUUUUACAGGUCUGACGUUCUCUCUGGUUGGAGAAAAUUCGUUUGUAAUUAAAAAAAAAAAAAAAAAAAAAGUUCGUUGUGCAUGUGUAGGAGCGCAAAGCGCCGAAAGGAAGUCAAACUUCAAGAACUAGAAGAAGAAGAAAAUUAACUAUGUUCGUGGCAACAUCACUUACUUUAAUGUAUUAUUGUUUUCAAGUGAAGACUUUGUUUAAAAAACAAGCAAUAUGAAAAAAAAGCUAAAAGGUGUAUUUAUUCCUUAUAAUUUCAGGGAAAAUAUGCUCCCAUAUGAUAAUUAAUUUGCUUACUACAUACGUUCAAGAACCAGAAAAUUUUGAAUAACUUGAAAUUUGGAUUUGGAUAAUGUUCAUAAUCUAUUUCUUUUGUAAACAGGAAAAAUAAAAUGGAUUUUGUUUCAUAUUUUAAAGAUCAUUUCCCAAACAAUAUUAUACGAGUGAGUGUCACUUCGAAUAUUUAGUAUAUUGAUUUUUAUAUAUUGAUUGUAAAACAAUGCACAGUAAGCGUUUGAAUUCUGUCAGCAAUCGAAAUUUUUCCUAAAUUCCGGUCGUCUAUCAGAAUAUAUCUACUACAUGAAGUAACAAAAGUUGCAAUAAUGAAUUCUAAUGUAAAACUAGUUUUGAAGAAUUCUUUGCAGAAGCAUUUGCUGAUUCACACAAAUGCAGAACCUACUUUAUGUGGCCUGUGUAGUCAACAGUUUAGUUUAAAAAACACUUUAAAACAGCAGUUGCGUACUCAUACGACUGAAGAAGGAUAUGCAUGCGAAAAAUGUAGAGAAUCUUUUGCCGAAAAAGUUAAUCUGAAGGAUUAUUUGCAGAUUUAUACAGGUGAAGAACCUCAUGUGUGUCAGACAUGUGGAAUGUCAUUCAAAGAGAAACAGUCCUUAGAGGAACAUAUGUUAAUUCAUACAAAAGAACGUUUCACCUGUGCGGUAUGUAACGAAUCAUUUCUUGAAAAAUGUGAUUUAAAAAUGCAUGUACGUUUGCACAAGGAACGAAAAUCUUUUGUAUGUGAAACGUGUAACAAACCAUUUCAGCUGAAAAGUGCCUUUCGGAGGCAUGUGCUUACUCAUGCAAAAUCUAAUGUCUGUACUAUAUGUAAUCGUGUAUGUGCUAGUAAAGUUACGUUGGCGAAACAUAUGCAUACACACACAAAAAAGAACUAUUCGUGUGAAAUAUGUGAGAAAUCUUUCAGACUACGAUGCAAUUUAAUUAAUCAUAUACGUUUCAUUCACACUGAAGAAAAACAUAAAAAACGAUUCGUGUGUACUGUAUGUAAUUAUUCAUGUAAACAAAAAGGGUCUUUGCAAACUCAUGUUCUAAACUACCAUCCAGAUAAAGAGGCAAUUGAGAAGUCUCAGAAAUGUGAAACUUGUGGCAAGUCAUUUGCAAAUAAAAAGACUUUAUUGAUACAUGCUGUAAGACAUACUGUUAAAACAUUGCUUCCUUGUGAUUUUUGCAGUAGUUUAUUUGCAUUUAAAAACAGUUUGAGGAGGCAUGUGUUACGUGUACAUAUAGGUGAAGCUUCUCAUAUUUGUGCGGUAUGUGGGAAAGGAUUUACUAGUAAGCCUUCAUUAAAGAUGCAUUUUAGAGUACAUACAGGUGAGAAACCUUUUGUAUGUGUUGUAUGUAAUCGUCCAUUUAGUAGAAGAGACAAUUUACAAACUCAUAUGCGUAUUCAUGCAAGAGAAAAAUUAGAUGUAGGUCAAGGUGAUAAAAAAGGAAUCAAAUAAAAAAAAUUUAUGGUGAUUAGAUUUGAGAGAAUGUCUAAUCACCAUAAAUUUUGAGGUCAAAGCAUUCUCAAAUUUAACAUCUCUUAUAAAAGACUUAUAAAAUUUAAAGUUCAUAUACAUUCUUUGUUUCAGAUUUUGAUAAAUUAAUAAAUCACAGAGAGUACUUAUGUAGUUUAUGAAACAAGUUUGAAACUAUAUUUUUGCAUUUACCUAAAUAUAAAAUGUUUAUUAAAGUGCCUUCUGAAGUAUUUUGCACUGUAUUAAAUAUGUAAUGUGAUUACUGAAAGUUCUUAGAUAAUAUUCCAGUAAUACUUUUUAAAUUUUCUUCAACCUUCAAUAUAUUUUUUUAAAAUUUGUAAUACAGUACAAAGUCCAAAAUCUGGACUCUUCGGGACAUCGGCGUUUCUGGAUUUCGGACUUUUUCUAAUCAUUAGUUUAAAUCCAGUAAGAUGGAUGUAGAAAAUAUAAAAUUAUUAAAUCGGGAAUUAUGAAAUCGUAUUAUAUUAAAUUAUUAUUA